AUGGCUCAUACUUUUAAUGAUAUCCCAGUGACUACACAACAAAUAAAAAAUUGUUCUUAUUCUCAAUGGCUGCCUUUAUUUCCUAAAAAUGUUAUCAAGGCCAAAGUGUUCAAACCAUUACCAAAGUCCUUCAUCACAUAUCUCGAGAGUGAUAGUAUCAAGCUCCCUUCAGAUGUGCUAGAGGAACAAGUUGUCAGAACCAGUGAUAAUGAAUAUAGUGACUGGGAAGAUGAGGAGCUGCUGGGAGAUGAGAAUUCAGAAUUAACCACAAAUAAGAAUGGAAAGAAAAUUAGUAAAAAUCCUAUAUCAGGCUUUGAGGAUCUUCAUAAAGAUAUUAAAAGGGCUAUAUCUGAUCUUGGGGGUAAAGUUACUCCGAAAUUAAAUUGGUCUUCUCCUAAAGAUGCCAAAUGGAUUCUCCCCAAUAGUACCACCAAAAGUUUCAAUGCGAAUGAUGUUUAUCUUUUAUUGAAUGCUUCUGAUCAUAUAGUACAUGAUCUUGAUCAUUCCUUUGAUGAAUGUGUAGAUUUUGAUGCGACUGACAAGGUUGAGUAUGAACUUGUACUCAAACAAUGGGUCGAUAUCAAUCCAGCUUUAGAAUUUAGAGUUUUCAUCAAGGGUGGCAAAAUCAUUGGGAUUUCACAAAGAGAUUUAAAUCAUUAUGAUUAUCUUGCUGACUUGAAAGAUACAUUUAUGGAUGUGAUAUCCAAAUUUGUUGAUGAAGAAAAGAUCAUUCAGAAGUUCCCCGAUGAAGAUUUUAUUAUAGAUUUGUACAUACCUAGACCAUUUUCCAAGUGUUGGAUCAUUGAUAUCAACCCAUUCAGUCGUAAGACUGAUCUGUUACUCUACACAUGGCAUGAACUUAGUGAGAGUGAUACCUUAGAUCUUGAAUUGAGAUUGAUUUCAGAGACUAAUGUCGGUCGUUUUGCAGCCAAGGAACAUAGUGAGAAUUAUGUACCAAGAGAUGUUUUAGAUGCUAGUAUGGACUCUCUGGCCAUGGCUGACUUGGCUCGAGAAUGGGCAAAAUUAGGAACCAAUUCAGUUGAGAGUGAUGAUGAGGAAUAG